CUUGACACUUAUUAUGCAGGAGUUCUUGGUGAUGGAUUCGUGGCCAGUGGCCUCACAAUCCAGAACACAGCAGGCCCUGAUGUCCACCAAGCAGUAGCUUUCAGAUCAGACAGUGAUCUUUCUGUAAUUGAGAACUGUGAAUUCUUAGGCAACCAGGACACUCUCUACGCACACAGCAACCGCCAGUUAUACAAGUCAUGCAACAUCCAAGGCAACGUUGAUUUCAUCUUCGGAAACUCAGCUGCGGUUUUCCAAGACUGCAACAUCCUCGUCCGCCCUCGACAACAGAAACCCGAGAAAGGCGAAAACAAUGCAGUCACCGCCCAAGGCAGAACAGACCCCGCACAGUCGACAGGUUUUGUAUUUCAGAACUGCUUGAUCAACGGCACGGAAGAGUACAUGAAGUUGUAUCGCAGCAAGCCCCAAGUGCACAAGAACUACUUGGGGAGGCCAUGGAAGGAGUAUUCUAGGACAGUUUUUAUAAACUGUAACUUGGAAGCUCUUAUUACCCCACAGGGAUGGAUGCCUUGGAGUGGGGAUUUUGCUUUGAAAACCCUUUUCUAUGGGGAAGUUGGUAAUUCUGGAGCUGGCUCUGAUUUGUCCAAGAGAGUGUCAUUUAGCAGCAAGAUCCCAUCCGAACGUGUUAAUACAUAUUCUGUGCAGAAUUUUAUUCAGGGAAAUGAGUGGAUUUCGACAUGAAAAUUUUAUAAGAAUUUUCAAAUCCGUUAUAACAAUAAAUAUUAAUUAGUAGUGAGUGUACAAGAAGCUCAUAUCAAAUUAUUAAAUACUUUUUUAGUGGAACUGUGGAGGGAAAUAUGGUUGAUUUUUUCUUUGUCAGUUCUUGUAACAUUUACCUUAUAAUGUGCCCUCAUUAUUAUAAUUUGCAUUUCUGGUUGGCGUGAGA